AUGCAGCUCGCUGAUGUCAGUGGAGUUCGCUCCUUGGAGAGCGGAGUGAUGAAGAGGCCUGCUGUAGAGCAGGCGGAUCAAUUUGAUGCUGAGUUUGAAGUAGAAGCAAAAGUAGUAAUAGAGCAAGAGAAUCCUGAAGGUGGCUCGAGAAUAACAAGAGAACGUUUCGAGAUACUUGCUAAUGAGAUUUGCAGUAUCUUUAUACAUGAACAUCCAAGUGUGUACUUCACAGCAUCUGUUAAACAAGGCGAGCAGAUUUUAGUUACCAGUGGUAAAUUGUGGAACCACUACAACUACUCAAAGUCGGUUCUGCGGAAAGCCAAUUUGCUAAAAAAUUUGAAAAGAAAUGGACCAGCAAAUCUAUUAGAUGCUGAGAAACUUGAACAAAUAAAUGAGAGUGAUAAUAUCAAUUGGUUGUCUAAGCACCUGGAGCCUUGGGAAGAAGUACAUAGGAAAUGGACUGAGUCAUAUGCUGAACGGAGAUCAUUGUUAGUCGAAGCUAAUCUAUCAGUGUACGAGUACAUAGACAAGUUUGCAUGCUUAAAAGUGCAACGAGCAUAUGAAUUGUUUCAUAUUGAUUUCAAGUUGAUGUAUCCGGACAAACAACAAAUUACUAUAGAACAAUGGACAAAAAUUAAACCUGUUUUAAUUGAAAACUUAGCUUCAUGUGGAGUUAAGGGGUUGGACAAAUCUGUUUUAAUAAAUAUCCUAAAAACUAGAGAAUGAG